AUGAUGAACGAAGGGUUGUUUAAGGAGGUGCACAAAAUUAGUAAUGAUAGUGAUGAUGGAGAAAGCAAUGAUGAUAAUAACGAAAUUAAUGAUGCUAAAUCAUCUGUAUUUGUUAAAUCAAACAAGAUACCAGAUAACACAGAUAUCGUGGAAGGAAUUAAUUUCGAAAAAGAAAUUAAUUUGCACGAAUUUAUCAAUCAGUAUAAAUAUAUGGGCUUUCAAGCUACGAAUUUGGGCAUAGGAAUAGAUGAAAUAAAUAAAAUGAUAUAUUAUAAAUAUGCAGAUGAAGAAGGUGUGAAAGAUGAAGAUAAUGAUGAUGGUAGUGGUGGUAUGCACGCACUUAAAAAGAAAAAAAAAUGUCUAAUCUGGCUCUCCUUUACGUCCAAUAUGAUAUCAAGCGGCCUAAGGGAAAUAUUUGUGUAUCUAACAAAAAAUAAUUUCAUAGAUGUAGUUGUAACAACUGCUGGAGGCGUGGAAGAAGAUAUUAUAAAAUGCUUUUCUAAAACUUAUUUAGGUGAUUUUAAUCUUAAUGGGAAAAAAUUAAGAAAAAAAGGGUGGAAUCGAAUAGGAAAUUUAAUUGUUCCUAAUGAUAAUUAUUGUAAAUUUGAAGAUUGGCUUCAGCCGCUGUUAAACAAAAUGCUGCAUGAGCAGAACAGAAAAAAUGAAGAAAUGUUUUUGAAGAAGUUGGAGAAAAGAAGAAACAGAAAAAAUGAAAACAAAUAUUUAUCAUCGCCAUCUUUUCCUGUUUAUGACACGACUUCUAACAGUUCCGAUGAAGAAGAGUCUGACAUGUAUUAUUUAAGCCCCUCAGAAUUUAUACAUAGACUAGGAAAAGAAAUAAACGAUGAAAGUUCACUAAUCUAUUGGUGCUAUAAAAAUAACAUCCCAAUAUUUUGCCCAGGGUUGACAGAUGGAUCAUUAGGGGAUAAUUUAUUUUUUCACAAUUAUGGGAAAAAAAUAAAAAAUAAUUUAGUUUUAGACAUUGUAAAAGAUAUUAAAAAAAUUAAUUCGUUGGCCUUAAAUUGUAAGAAAUCUGGAAUUAUUAUUCUAGGAGGAGGAUUACCAAAACAUCAUGUAUGUAAUGCAAAUUUGAUGAGAAACGGGGCCGAUUUUGCUGUUUAUGUAAAUACAGCUAAUGAAUAUGAUGGUAGCGAUAGUGGUGCAAACACCACUGAAGCUCUAUCAUGGGGGAAAAUCAAAGGGCACACGAAUAAUCAUGUUAAGGUUUUUGGAGAUGCAACAAUUUUAUUCCCCUUGAUGGUUCUCAAUACGUUUUAUUUAUUCGAUCGAAAAGGGGAUCAAAAGGGGGAUCAAAAAGGGGAUCAAAAAGGGGAUCAAAAAGGGGACCAAAAAGGGGACCAAAAAGGGGACCAAAAAGGGGAUCAAAAAGGGGACCAAAAAGGGGAUCAAAAAGGGAAUCGGCAAGGGCCGGAAUCCGAAAAUGGGUAA